AUGCGCGACUUUCUUCUAGCCUCCGUGGCUACAGCUUCCGUUCUGUUCGCCAGGAAUGCUGAAGCUGUUGCCGCCAACCCACUUCCCAAACCUUCCAACAUUACCUGGGGCAAUGCUGGAUGCUUCUCCGUAGGAUCCUUGACCCUGUCAGGCCCGGAGCAUGCAGUCUUGCAGCAGGCUUUCGACCGUACCACUGGCACCAUCACCGAGCUCAAGUGGACUCCGCAAGCGACCGAAGCCCCGAUCCGCGAAUUUGAACCGUUUCCAACACAGACUGCCUCCAAGAAGUCGCGGAGAAAGAGACAGUACGGCGUGCCCCCUACCGGCAACUGCACAGGACGUGUUACAACUGUCAAUGUUGAGAUUACCAACACACACGCCGCUCUGCAGCAUGGCGUCGACGAAUCCUACACACUGAACAUCCCCGCAGGAUCUCAAUCUAUCGAUAUCUCCGCGGGUACCGUCUACGGCGCACUUCAUGCUUUCACCACCCUUCAGCAGAUGGUCAUCAACGACGGCAAGGGCAACUUGAUCGUUGAGCAGCCGGUGUCUAUCCAAGAUGCCCCUCUCUACCCGGUGCGUGGUAUCAUGAUCGACACUGGCCGCAACUACAUUUCCAAGAAGAAGAUCUACGAGCAGAUCGAUGGUAUGGCCUUGUCAAAGCUGAACGUUCUGCACUGGCACAUUGUCGACUCCCAAUCUUGGCCUCUCGAGGUUUCUGCCUACCCCGAAAUGACCAAGGAUGCUUACUCGCCCAACGAGGUCUUUUCUCAGGACAGUCUUAAGGAGAUCAUCAGCUAUGCUGCAGCUCGCGGUGUCCGCAUCAUCCCGGAGAUUGAUAUGCCCGGCCAUGCCAGCUCUGGGUGGGGCCAGAUCGACCAGGACCUGCUAACUUGCCAGGACACUUGGUGGUCUAACGACGACUGGUCGCUGCACACUGCUGUUGAGCCAAACCCCGGUCAGCUUGAUAUCUUGAACAACAAGACUUACGAGGUCACUGGAAAGGUGUACAAGGAGAUGGCGGACAUUUUCCCCGAUGACUGGUUCCACAUUGGAGGUGACGAGUUGUUCCUCAACUGCAACAACUUCAGCUCCCGCGCCGUCGAGUUCUUCGACUCUGGCAAGACAAUGGGAGACCUGUAUCAGUACUGGCUCGACCGCGCUAUUCCCAACUUCCGCAAGCAGGCCAACAAGACGUUCGUCAUGUGGGAGGAUGUGAAGCUUUCCUCGGCUGUGGCUGCUACCGGCGUAGUCCCCACAGACAUCAUCAUGCAGGCUUGGAACAACGGUCUGACCCACAUCGCCAACUUGACAGCCCUCGGCUACAAAGUGAUUGUCUCCUCUUCUGACUUCAUGUACCUCGAUUGCGGGUACGGUGGCUGGGUAGGCAACGACCCUCGCUAUAACGUCAUGGUCAACCCCAAUGCCACGGACGGAUCGCCCAACUUCAACUGGGGUGCUGGCGGAGGAUCCUGGUGCGCACCCUACAAGACAUGGCAGCGCAUCUAUGAUUACGACUUCACGUUCAACCUCACCGACGCACAGAAGUCCCUCAUUCAGGGCGCCAUUGCGCCGCUAUGGUCCGAGCAGGUCGACGAUGUAAUCAUCAGCCAGAAAAUGUGGCCCCGUGCCGCAGCACUUGCCGAGCUGGUAUGGUCAGGCAACCGAGACGUGAACGGCAACAAGAGGACCACGGAGCUGACGCAGCGCAUCUUGAACUUCCGCGAGUACCUCGUUGCCAAUGGUGUCCAGGCUGCCCCGCUGAUGCCAAAGUACUGUCUUCAACACCCGCAUGCGUGUGACUUGUACCAAAACCAGACGACGCUUUGGGAGAACCCUGUGUAA